UCUGGGCACCUGCUGCAGCUGUGGUUGAGGCCCGGAAAUGUGAAGGGCCGCCAUCCACUCCACUCAGUAGGGACCCCGACGUGGGGGUCAAUGUGGAGGGGGGAGGGACCGCUGCAGCAGCUGCAGGAGCAGAAGUGCCAGGCCUUGCUCUUCUCAUGCCCCCAUCCAUGCUUGCAGCUAGCAAUGGGGCAGGAAUCAGCGAGGUGACCUGGGCUGAGUCCUGGGAGUGGGAAGAAGUGGCAGGAAGGGAAUCUGAGAAGGAGAACAGGGGGCCUGGUGGUCUGUGCUUCUUCCCAGACACAGGAGCUGUAGAGGGAGCCUCUGCAGCAGAUGCUAGGGGAGCCACUGGGCCCCGGGAGUCUUGGGACUUGUCUCUCUCCUGCUGUGCAUCCAUCCUGGGUGCUUUAGAAACAGCAAACAGACCACAAGUCCCUGUUGCAAGUGAGGACAAAGUGUGGGAAGGCCGUGAGGGUCUGCAGUCCCAGAUGGCCUUGGCCUCACCCCGCAGUACACUGUUGAUGCACUGGAACGCCGCCUCCUUCUCCAGGUCCAGGUCUUCAGCAGUGACCCGGAACCCCAGCUCUAAGGGAGGUGGCAGCAUCAGAGGCUCCCCUCGCCUGCGUGGCAGCAGGAGAAACUUGCGUCUACGGGGCCUAGAGGUCUGGGAUCUGGGGGAGCCAGUCCUGGGGGUGAGUGUCUGCUCUGGUGUUGUAUCCGCUGCCUUUUCACGCUGGGUGUGACCCGAAGGGACAGCCUGAGGCCUGGCCUCACUCACUGUCUUUGAGGAACUGAGGGUCAGCUGACAGUGGGAUGAGGCUGGCUCCCCCAUCCUCCUCCGCUUUAGCCAUGAGAAGCCUCCCGUGGAGCUGUAGGAGCCCGAGAUGGCAUUUUGUUUGGUGCACGAGCUCGUCCAGGAGGUCUGGGAUCUCUGGUUAUAUCUGACUUCUGACCUCUGGGCAUGGAGGUCUCUCUGCAGUGGCCCAGGUCUGGGCACAAAGGGAGAGAGGCCUCCAUUGUCCCGCAGGGGCUGAAAUGCAGACCGUGCAUCCCCGGUGACCAUGGGGACCCUUCUCUGAUCAUCAGGAUUCUCUUGGACUCUGGGGUCCUUGUCCUGCUCAGGCAUCCCUGCCCCGCUCUCCUUGAGGUCCCCUCAACAAGAUCUUCCCUGGACACGAGUCUGGGGACAGCCAGGUGUUGUGGGCCCCAAAGGGGUGACUCCCUGCUCCUGGCCCCACAGAGAUUCCUUGUGCUCAGUGCAGGGGCUGAGCUGCAGGACGCCCUGGAAUUGGAGCAC